AUGAUAAGUGAACAUGUACCUCUCUCAAAGAAUCAGUACUUCUACAUAGUUGCUUGUGCAUUCCUAGGUACACUAGGUGUUAUGGGAUUAGUACAACAGGUAUUGGAUAUUAUAUUGGGUGUGGCAUUGGCUGUUGUAAUGCUGCUGGGCAUCAGAGGAGUGUGGAAGAGAAAGAAGAACAAUCUGUUUGUGUUCAUGUGGAUCUUGAUUGGACUGGCAUUCAUACAGGUCAUUGGCAUUGCUGUCACUGUCAUCCUCUACAAGACCAAGCACAGAGUAUCACACAUUGGUUUCUAUCCAGGCGUCAUCCUCGAUGUAUUCAGAGUUAUUUAUUUGCUUGCACUGUCAUUCUUCACCAGCUACAUUCGCAACACGUUAGGUUACAAGCGACCACCAACUCAACUGAACCGUAUAUAA